AUGCGUCGUUCAUCACAAUCCAAAGAUGAGAUCGAGACAUGCGCAGACAACAGCAUGACUUUCGGAGCUCCCCCAGGUCUGACACGAGGAACACUUCAGGGCGGGCAUACUCGAGUUAACUCAUCACCUCAGUCAUACAAGUUCCUCACCUGCGAUCUGGUGGAUGCCGAAUAUAUGGUUCACAAGGCUCGGACCUCCGACUACAAGAGGGGCAAGAGUGUGGCGCCAGACUACGACCCUAAGAUGGAAGUGUUGCCGUUAGCGGGCAUCUAUAACGAAGAGGAGGCAGGCUAUGGAAGCGCUGGAUAUGAUGUUGAUCAACAAUCAAGCGAAAGUAGUAGAAAGCCAGCUUUCAGGGCCAGAACACAACUUGGCGGCAAUGAGGGUGUCAGCAAGGUUGAGGCAUCUCCGCAUGUAUGA